AUGAAGUUCAAGGGGAAGUCCUGCACCUGGGAAGGACCAGACUCAGGCAUCAGUACAUGUGGGAAGCCAGCAGCUAGAAAGCAGCUUGAAGAAAAGGGUCUAUCUGACCAUCAGUCAGCAGUCUGCCCUUGUGGCACACCUGAAGUACUGUGUUGGUUCUGGACUCUUCAGUACAAGAGGGAUGUGGAGAGUGAUCAGAAAGGGGCCACUAAGAUGAAUAAGGGACUGCUGCAUUCCUUAUAUGAGGAAAGGCUGAGUGAGCUGGGACUGCUUAACCUGGAAAAGCUUCUCAGGCUGCAAAGGUUUUUUGAGAUAUUCUUCAAAAACCGUUCUUCCCAACAAGCCUUCAACAACAUGAAGGAGGCUAUAAGCAAACUUUUGCUUGUAACUGAGGUCUUCAGUGAAUCAUCUGCCUCAGGACCAAGUUCUUUCAAUCAAUGCAGCCAAUGUUUUCAAAUGCUAACCUUUGACAUUGGAUUCGGCAUCUCCAUAUACCCAGUAAUUCUUGAGGUGCAUGGAAACUUUGACUUUCAAGAUGAGGAUGAAUUAACUAUUCAGGACCAAACUUUCAAAGAAUUUCUUCUUGAAGAUACUUUUAAAUUUCUCCUAUAUAAUGGAUCUUCAACAUCCAGUUUCAUAGAAGCUUUGCAAAAGAUACAUGGAUCAACACUGAGCAAGGAUGGAACAUACCACAGAGAAGAUGAGCAAUGUUUCUCUUUAGAAGAGAUACAUUCAAUGAUCACUUUCAUAAAGGAGCUGAAGAGUCUUGGACAAUUUGAGCUGCUUUUCCCUUCUGCUGCACCCAAGAUUCAAACAUUAGUGCGUGACCUGUAUCACAUGGUAGACCCAAUGAGGCGGCUUGGUUCAGUCCUGACUCUGCACUGGUUGCUUUCCAGUUUACUUGAACAAUUCCAGUUCAUGACUAAAGAGGCACAUACAAAUCUUUCAGAAUGCUUUGAUGAGUUUGUAUAUCAGAACACUUUUCCUGAAUUUCUUCAGUUAAGACCAGAUUGUUCAGUUGAUUUAUUUAACAGUUCUUAUUUGACUAUGCGAAAUUGUUUGAGAAAGUAUCAUGGUUUGGACUAUGGGACAGAAGAAGGCAAUAUCAAGGACAUGUGCAUAGGAUCGCUGACCUACAAUGGGAAGAAUGAGAGACAGAGAGAAGAAGAGAGACAGUUGGGAUUAAACUAUCGGAACUACAUUACUGUUGCUGCUGUCAAUCCUUUGGCUUCCUUGUUUGCUGAAUCCAAGAGAUUCCUAAAGGACAGAUUCAUGGUCAAUGAAAUAUGUCUGCUGUUAAUUGACAGGCAAUCCUCUCAAGAAAAUAUGAGUCCUAAGUGGAAUGUGCCUUCUGACUUCAGGAAGAAUCAUGAAGAUAAAGAUACCCUAUCUCAUAUCAGGCAGAUCUUCACCAGUCCACAGCUGGAGCUGAAUCCUCAGUUUAACCCAAAGAUCAAAGAAUACUAUGCAGAAGUCCCAUUUGACAUGGUGACAGUGAAGAUAGGAGCAGAACCCUCAAACUGUCAAUGCCAAGUACACCUUGAUGACAAGAAAGGGCCAAGCACUGCUAAGUAUCCCCUUGGCCUUGGACUGAACAAAGUCAUCAUUUUCGUAACGGAUGAUUCUCAGCCCAGCCCCCGGGUUGUGAGCAGCUACAGAAUCACAGUUUAUCGGGAGGACCGCCCUAGUCUGCCGUUGUUUGAUGACUAUAUGAUGUGUGGGUUUGUGCAG